GGCAUGAAGCUUGAGAUGGAGAGACACUUUUCAGCAGAGUCUGUGUCCAGCUUUGGUGUGUACCUGUGACUGAGUGCUGGAGGGCAAGGAGGAAUAACUAGAAGACAAAGUGUAAAGAAAUUCCAUGAGAAUUUCCUCUUGCUUCACAACUCUCUUUAUGUCUUUUGAUCUCUGGCAACAACUGGGAAGGAAAAACUCCUGACAACACCUAUUCAGACGUAUAUGGUCAACAGCAUGAAGUGCUGGACACCCUUACUCAUGAUGUUCCUCUGUAUGGUGCUACUGUCUGUGCUGGGAGGAAUGAAGGAAAAACAUAACCGCAGGGGGGAAUUGUUACUUCAGGAGUGCUGGGGACAGCCAACAGUCCAAGAAUGUGCCAAGAAGUGUUCUAGAACCUUUAGAUGUGUAGAAAUAAAUCACACAUGCUGCUGGACGUACUGUGGAAACAUCUGCUGGGAAAACACAAUAAUCACUGAAAGACAGCUAAAACCCUAACCUCCCACUGGGACACCAGUGGGACACCGCUAUUCUCACUGAGGGCUGG